CGACACUUGAAUAGUAUCAGUAAUCAUUCAAUUUCCGACCUGGGACCAUGCUGUCAGUUUAUAUAGGUGUCUACAAGGCAUUGUAUGAAUAUGCUGCACAGGCAGAAGAAGAAUUAACCUUGUAUCCUGAUGAUAUCUUGUAUUUGUUGGAGAAAUCCGAAAUUGAUGAUUGGUGGAAGGUCAAGAAGAGAGUGUUGCCAGUUGGCGACGAGGAAGUGGACGAGCCUACUGGUCUUGUACCAUCCAACUACAUAGAAGAGGCUCCAGUUGUGAAAACAGCAACAGCAUUGUACGAUUAUACCAAACAAACCGAAGAGGAAUUGUCAUUCACAGAAGGUGAGAAGUUUGAGAUAUAUGAUUUGAACGACCCAGAUUGGCUCUUGGCUGGAGAUUCCCAAACCCGUACCCAAUUCGGAUUUGUUCCAGCGAACUACCUUGAGUUAGAUUCGGGUGCCGCUCCUCAGAAUGCCAGCUACGCUCCUCCGAUCCAAAACCUAACUGCCAUUGCUCCACCUCCCCUCCACCCAAGUCAGAUCAAUAACACCCCAGCUGCGUCAGCACCUGUGGAACUGCGUCAACAACCGGAAAGAGAAAUGGUUGUGGGCAGUGAAGAUGAGGAGGAAGCCCCACCUAUGCCAACCAGACCUUCAGCGGAACCAUCCCCUAAAAAGCCACAAAGAACCCAAUCCUAUGCAUCGACCCACCAAGAAGAUGUAGAAGAGCUUGAAAGCACGCCAAACGAACAUACCUUUGAUGGAGAAUUCUUCACCUGGUACAUCGAUGAGGUUGAGGGACGUAAGAAGAGGGCUGUUAUUCUUUCUGUUGGUCAGGGACUCAUUAUAAUGAAACCAAAUACAACAAAUCCAAAAAAAUUGAAACUCAAGUCUUCCUCCUCGUUGGAUAAUCAAUGGAGAGUUAAAGACUUAUUGAGUUUCAGCAACGAGAAAAAGCAUUUGUUCUUGGAGCUUCGUAAUCCCGAAAGUUCGGUGGAGUUACAUACCGGAACGAAGGAUGUUGCGGAAGCAAUUAUGUCGAUUCUUGGGGACUUGAAAGGUGCUGAAUCUGCCAAGGCUUUGAGGGAAGUUGCUAGAGCUUCUCAAGCUACCACCGGUGAAAAGAACAGAAAGAUCGGUAGACUUCAAUAUGAUUUCGAGGCUCAGAGCCAAGAUGAAUUAGGAAGUAGAGAAGGUGAUGAAGUCUAUAUUAUCAACGAAACUAAGUCUAAGGAAUGGUGGAUGUGUGAAAAUAUUCUCACUGGAAAACAAGGUGUAAUACCAUCUUCCUACAUCCAGAUAAUUGGUACCUCCAACUUGGAAAAAUUGACCGAUGCACCCCAGAGAACUAAAUCUAAGUCUUCCAAGGGUAGAGUAGUCGAUGGUAAGAGCAAGGAUAAGAGCCAUCGUCAUCGUACUAGAGAUGAACGUGAUAGAAUUAGAGAAAAAGACAAGAUCCAAAGAGAUAAGCAUGCUUCCAAGGUUGAUGAAAAUGAUAAGUCCAUGCCUAAUUACCAUAGAGUUAGAACCUGGAUUGAUAGUUCCGGGUCUUUCAAAGUUGAAGCUGAAUUUUUAGGCUGUGUUGAAGGAAAGAUUCAUUUGCACAAGACUAAUGGUGUCAAGAUUGCAGUGGCUGCAACCAAGCUUUGUUUAGAGGACUUGGACUAUGUCGAGAAGGUCACUGGUACUUCUUUAGAAUCCUACAAGAAAGAAGUAAUUGAGCUUAGUCAGAAGAAGUCGAAGUCCAAAUCAAGUGGGGUAUCCAAGAGCAAAUCGGCAACGGCAGCUAUUAAUGAUUUACCCCCACCUCAACCUUCAAGACCUAAGACAACUACGCAAUUAUCUACCAGUGAACCAGACUAUGAUUGGUUUGAAUUCUUCCUUCAGUGUGGUGUUGAUAUUGGUAAUUGCCAAAGGUAUUCCUUGAACUUCAGUAGAGAGCAAAUGGACGAGAACAUUUUGGAAGAUAUCAGCCCUUCCUUGUUAAGAACAUUGGGCUUAAGGGAGGGAGAUAUCCUCAGAGUUAUGAAAUUCUUGGAUAAUAAGUUUGACAGAAAGAAACCAGUUGCUGAAGAACCGGAAUCUUCAGGUGGAUUAUUCACUGAGCCAACUGGUGCUUUGAAGAACAAUAACUCUACAAGUGAGAUCUCCAAGGUCAAUGCUGAUGCACUUCCUUCUUCUCAAAACAAAACAGCCAAUCCCACUGCAACUGCAACUGCAACAACGCCAGCUUCGCCAAGUGGUAACAAAUUUGAGGACGAUGCAUGGGCCGUCAAACCAGCCGCCAGAUCGAACGAAGACCUUUCCAGGUCCCAACCUCAAACUCCACAAUACACCGGUGCAUUGCAGGAUUUGGUGAAUAUCAAACCGUUGGAGUCGAACAGCACUGCUCCUCCAGCUAGUAAUGUCAACAAACCUAUGCCAUCAUUGCCACAGGAUCAGACGCCUUCUGCUCCAAGCUUGACUCCAGUCAAGACUGGAACUUUGAUACAACCAGGUCAACAGUUUGAAGUUCAAAAGACGGGUACAAGUCAAAUGACUGCUCAACGCACUGGUUUGACUGCUGCUAACACAGGUGGAUUGAUUCCAGUUCAAGCUACAGGAUUGAUUCCUGUGCAACCAACCGGUUUUAUUCCAAUUACUGCACAACCAACCGGUUUUGUUCCAAUACAAGCAACCGGUAUUCAGCCCCAGUUCACGUACAACAUAGUACCCUUACAAACGGGCACUGCAACUUUUACUGCUCAAAGAACUGGUGGUCAACAAACUGGAGGUGCAUUGCCCCAAACUUCAUUUGGUCAGCAACCAUUCCAACCUUCUUUGCAUACUGGAGGUGUCACAAUGCCUCAGACAUCUUUUGGCCAGCCUGGCCUUAUUUCGGGACAGAUAACUGGAGGUUUACCUCCAACAGGCUUGAACGGACAACCAUUGUCUUUACAACAAACUGGACCUUUAGUGCCAGCUCAAAGAACCGGAGGAUUUGUUCCCCAAUCUAUUUUUGGUCAGCAAAUUACUGGAGGAUUUAUUAAUCAACCUCCAACUUCUUUCGGACAAUCAACGGGUGGGUUGCCUCAAAACACAUUUGGUCAGAGUAGCAAUUUCCCUUCUACAUCCUUCAGCCAGCAACCAACUGGUGGAUUCCCAUCAACCUCAUUCAGCCAGCAACCCACUGGUGGAUUUUCAACCUCGUUCAGUCAGCAACCUACUAGUGGAUUCCCACCAACGUCUUUCGGUCAACUGAACCCUCCCACUUCUUUCAAUCAGCUGAACCCACCAACUUCUUUCAGUUUACAGCCCACUGGUAGCUUCCCAUCAACCCUGUUUGGUCUGCAAACAUCUAAUGGGUUCCCACAAACCUCUUUCAGCCAACAGCCCACGGGGGGAUUGGGUAACUUUAAUCAACAGCCCUCUUUCGCAACUGGCCCACAACAGUCGUUUGGGCAACCUGGUUUCAAUCAAUUUGCUCAGCAGCCUUACGGCCAGCAGCAAUUUGGCAAUCCACAAGCUAACCAGUUUGGCCAACAAGCUCAGCCCAACAUGGGUCAAUUGAACAACAUGUUCCAGAACACCAGUAUUUCUCAAAAUGGCUUCCAACAGCAACCAACAACCUCGUUUGGUCAAGAUAGCUUCCAACCCUUGCAGUCGCAACCAACAGGAGCAGGCUUUGGCAAUGCCCCAGCCUCAUUGCAAUCCCAGCCCACUGGUAGAAGAGCUAAUCUUUCUGCUGCCACCCCGGAUAACCCAUUCGGUUUCUAGGGGAUGUCUAUAAAGCAUCUUCAUGUCUAAAAUUUAGAAAUAUUGUUUUUAGUUAAUGUAUACGUUU